AUGGCUGGGGUUCUUCGCGGUCCUGAUAGCUACGGGGGCCAACUGGGAAGCAGGUACAAGCUCAACUGCCUCCUUCACCGGCGACUGGGCUGUGGGCCCGAAGGUGCCCCAACCUGCGGCCCUUGUUUCCAUAACUAUGAGGAGGAUGCUGAGGGUAACUGCGUGCCGAAGAAAACCCCUAAGCAUGAAAGUAAAACAAAGACCCAGAAGAGGCCCAAAGACUUGCCGGGUCUCAUCCGUUCCCUCCUCGCCAAGCAUGAGAAGGGCUUGCGACCCCCAAGUGUGGACAUCACUCUUCCUGGUGACAGGGUGUUGUUUGAACCGCCAAGUGCCCCCACCACUUUGCCAACCUCUCUUCCUACACUUGCCUCCCACGCCGUGAGCAGCACUCCAGCUUCCUCGGAGUCAUACGAAGACACCCCGGUCUCGGUCUCAGCCACCACACCCCCGAGGCGUGUGAAAGUGGAUUUUAAGCAAAGGUCUCGGCCCCCGUCUCCUAGUCUGAACAAAGCUGUGUCCCUCACUCUGGUGGUGAUGUGCACAGUCACGGGGGUCUCUGGGCUGGUGGUCGCUGCCAUCUGCUGGUACAGGCUGCAGCAAGAAGUACGCUUGGCUCAGAAGAUGGCCUACAGUGCCACUCGGGGAAACCAGUACCGGUACCAUCAGCCCAGUGCAUAUAUGGACUCCAGACUAGCUCAGUCCUGCCAAGUCCACCACUAUCAGCAUCAGAAGAAGCUUCUCACCGGUGAGGACAAAGAUCCUCCGAAAGCAGUAAAGCAGCUCUCCACAGAGUCAGAAAAUGAGGAUUACACCGUGUAUGAGUGCCCUGGAUUGGCACCGAGUGGAGAGAUGGAGAUCCACAACCCACUCUUCAACACCUCCACCUUCCGAGGGUGUCCUCCCUAA